AUGUCGUCAAACAGGAGCCAGAACCCCCACGGGCUAAAGCAGAUUGGCCUGGACCAGAUCUGGGAUGAUCUUAGAGCUGGGAUCCAGCAGGUGUACACCAGGCAGAGCAUGGCCAAGUCCAGGUACAUGGAACUCUACACCCAUGUGUACAACUACUGUACCAGCGUGCACCAGUCGAACCAGGCGCGUGGAGCAGGCGUCCCUCCCUCCAAGGCCAAGAAGGGCCAGACGCCCGGGGGUGCCCAGUUUGUUGGCUUGGAACUGUACAAGCGACUGAAGGAGUUUCUGAAGAAUUACUUGACAAACCUUCUUAAGGAUGGAGAGGAUUUGAUGGACGAGAGCGUCCUCAAGUUCUACACGCAGCAGUGGGAAGACUACCGGUUCUCGAGCAAAGUGCUGAACGGGAUCUGUGCCUACCUCAACCGACACUGGGUCCGGCGGGAGUGCGACGAAGGGCGGAAGGGGAUCUACGAGAUCUACUCACUUGCGUUGGUGACUUGGAGAGACUGUCUGUUCAGGCCAUUGAAUAAACAGGUAACAAACGCUGUCUUAAAACUCAUUGAAAAGGAAAGAAACGGUGAAACCAUCAACACACGAUUGAUCAGUGGAGUUGUGCAGUCCUACGUGGAGUUGGGACUAAACGAAGAUGACGCAUUUGCAAAGGGUCCUACGCUGACCGUCUACAAAGAAUCCUUUGAGUCUCAAUUUUUGGCUGACACAGAGAGAUUUUACACAAGAGAAAGCACUGAAUUCCUGCAGCAGAAUCCCGUCACUGAGUAUAUGAAAAAGGCUGAGGCCCGGCUCCUGGAGGAGCAGCGCCGCGUCCAGGUGUACCUGCACGAGAGCACACAGGACGAGCUGGCGCGCAAGUGCGAGCAGGUGCUCAUUGAGAAGCACCUGGAAAUCUUCCACACCGAGUUCCAGAACCUGCUGGACGCCGACAAGAAUGAAGAUCUGGGCCGCAUGUACAACCUGGUGUCCAGGAUCCAGGAUGGUCUGGGGGAGCUCAAGAAGCUCCUGGAGACGCACAUUCACAACCAGGGUCUGGCCGCCAUUGAGAAGUGUGGGGAGGCUGCGCUGAACGACCCAAAGAUGUAUGUGCAGACGGUACUGGAUGUGCAUAAGAAGUACAAUGCCCUGGUGAUGUCUGCCUUUAACAACGAUGCUGGAUUUGUGGCAGCACUGGAUAAGGCCUGCGGCCGCUUCAUCAACAACAACGCUGUAACCAAGAUGGCACAGUCUUCCAGCAAGUCCCCAGAGCUGCUGGCGCGGUACUGCGAUUCCCUGCUCAAGAAAAGCUCCAAGAAUCCAGAAGAGGCGGAGCUGGAAGACACGCUGAACCAAGUGAUGGUUGUAUUCAAGUACAUCGAGGACAAAGAUGUGUUCCAGAAGUUCUACGCAAAAAUGCUGGCCAAGCGCCUAGUACACCAGAACAGCGCAAGCGAUGAUGCAGAGGCCAGCAUGAUCUCCAAGCUGAAGCAAGCCUGUGGCUUUGAGUACACCUCCAAGCUCCAGCGCAUGUUCCAGGACAUUGGAGUCAGCAAGGACCUGAAUGAGCAGUUCAAGAAGCACCUGACCAACUCUGAACCCCUGGACUUGGACUUCAGCAUCCAGGUCCUGAGCUCCGGGUCGUGGCCCUUCCAGCAGUCCUGCACCUUUGCGCUGCCCUCAGAGCUGGAGAGGAGUUACCAGCGGUUCACAGCCUUCUACGCCAGCAGACACAGCGGCAGGAAGCUGACGUGGCUGUACCAGCUGUCUAAGGGGGAGUUAGUAACCAACUGCUUCAAGAACAGAUACACGCUGCAGGCAUCCACAUUCCAGAUGGCAAUCCUGCUCCAGUACAACACAGAGGAUGCCUACACCGUCCAGCAGCUGACCGACAGCACGCAGAUCAAAAUGGACAUUCUGGCCCAGGUCCUGCAGAUUUUGCUGAAGUCAAAGCUGCUGGUCCUGGAAGAUGAAAAUGCAAAUGUUGAUGAGGUGGAAUUGAAGCCAGAUACCUUAAUAAAAUUAUAUCUUGGUUAUAAAAAUAAAAAAUUAAGGGUCAACAUCAAUGUACCAAUGAAAACCGAACAGAAGCAGGAACAGGAAACGACACACAAGAACAUCGAGGAAGACCGGAAACUUCUGAUUCAGGCGGCCAUCGUGAGGAUCAUGAAGAUGAGGAAGGUCUUGAAACACCAGCAGCUGCUAGGUGAGGUGCUGACGCAGCUGUCUUCACGCUUCAAGCCGAGGGUCCCCGUCAUCAAGAAAUGCAUUGACAUUCUGAUCGAGAAGGAGUACCUGGAGCGAGUGGAUGGGGAGAAGGACACCUACAGCUACCUGGCUUAG